AUGCUGUCGUCUGUGCACCCGGUGUCCACUUCUGCGGUGUCGUCGCAGCCAGUGCGGGGUUCCACAGCGGCCGUGCAGCCGCCACCUGCGACGCCCCGUGCAAGGCCUAUGCUUUUCCUCCUGCACGGCCCCGUCGCUGCGUCUUCCACGCCCCUGCGGGCUGUCUCCUCCGCCCUCUCCUCGCAUAACCAAGCUCCGCCCUCCCUCUCGUUGCGCUGGCGCCCAGCCCCUGCGCGCGCACGCGUCACGGCAGCAGCCGGUGCCGCGGGGACUCCGUCGGGUCCAGCGGGGCUGCCCUUCCGCAAGAAGAGUGGCGGCGGAAGGGGCGCCGGUGGCCCCGCGCCCCCGCAUUCAGCGUCGCAGCCGCCGUCGGCGAGUGCGCUUGGGUACCACCCGCUGGAGCACGUGCCGGCGGAGGAGCAGGACGGCGGAGGGCGCGCAGGCGUGGGCAAGGACGGCCGGCGCGGUGGCGCAGCGCAGCUAUCGCCGGCGGAGGUGGCGCGCACCGUGGCGGAGGUGAACGGGGAGGCCAUCGUGUUCGCCGCGCUCGCCGAGGGCUCCGCGGGCUUCCUGGCGGCGGACGCGCGCUUCGUCGUGGACCACAACGGAGAUGUGUUCGUGGAGGUGGAGGAGGACGACGACUUCCUGCGCAUCCUCCACGAGGACGCGCGCCUCUGCUCGGCGCUGGUGGGGUUCGGCGGCAUGGACGAGGUGGCGCUGGACGACCUCAUCGAGGGCACGGCGGACGACGCGCAACAUCUGCAAGACGGCGACCACGACGGUAGCGACGGUAGCGACGACGAGAGGGGCUUCAGGGGCAGCGACCUGCGCGGGCGGGCCGGCGACGCCUGGCAGUCGCUGAACCUGCUGCUGGGAGGGGCUGGCAGUGGCGGCGAGGGUGCAAGGGGGGAGCGGGACGACGAGGAGGAGGAGGAGGAUGAUGAUGAUGAUGAUGAUGAUGAUGAUGAUGAUGAUGAUGAUGAUGAUGAAGACGAGAAGGGCGACGACGAGGACUUGGUGUUGUCGGAGGACGAUCGCCAUGUGAGUGGGAAACGCUUCCUUCUCAUUCCACUGUUCCCUCUCAUCAACCUCCCCACUUCCCCUCCCGCCCUCGCCCCGUCUCACUCAUCGUCGUCCUUCUGGCGGGCGAUGAUAGGGCCGGACGCGGACCACCUGUUUGACACGCUGUCGCCAGAGGCACUGGGGUCGCUGGGCGCGUGGGGCGGGCGGGAGACGCUGCAGUGGGUGCACCCCGUGUACUUCGCCGACAAGAUGAUCAGCGCGGUGGGCGCGGACCCCAUGGCGGACAUGACGCGGCCGGUGCAGCGGCUGCUGCUGGUGGCGCGGGUGCGGCCGCUGUCGUCGGAGGAGGAGUUCCGCGUGCGCGGGCUGCUGGGGGAGCGAGCCUCGUACGAUGGCCGGGAGGACCAGGACCACUGGGAUGGGGACGGGGACGGGGACGGGGACGGGGAGGGGGAGGGGGAGGGGGAGGGGGAGGGUGGUGCGGGUGGUGUGGAGGCGAGUGAGGCGAGUGUGUUGCAGGGACGUGAGAGCGAGGCCGAUGGCAGCACAGGCAGCGCGGCUGCUGCUGCUGCUCGUGUGGAUGAAGCUGUUCUUGCAGGAGCAGAAGAGGCGAUUGCAGGGGUAGGGCAGGAGGAGAGACGGGACGAGGUGCAGGAGAAGCAGGCGGAAGGGGUUAGUGAAGGGCAUGAAGCAGGCAGCAGCAGCAGCAGCAGCAGCAGCAGCAGCAGCAGCAGCAGCAGCAGCAGCAGCAGCAAGGGCAAGCGCGAGGGCAGCAUGAGGGUGCGGAAGCCGGAAGCACCCACGGCCAGGGCGGAGCCGAGAGCGGCAGCAGCGGCCGGGGCCAGCGAGAGCAGCAGCGGCACAGCAGGGGUAGGGGGCAGUGGGUUGGGGGUGGGAGGGCGGGAGGAGGAGACGGUGUUGGGCGUGGUGGGGUACCGCGUGGAGGGGCUGGAGCACGUCUUCCAGGGCGACGCCUGCUUCCACUCGCGCCCGGACCUCCCAGACGCCCAUGGCGAUGCGGCCUUCGAGGUCUCGUGGGGGGCUGACUGGCGGCCUGGUGAUGGUGAUGGCGACAGUGACUUGGGCAGUAGUGGCAGGGAUGCUCAGGGAGGCUGGGCUCAGGACGAGGGCCAGGGGGCGUGGGAGGAGAUGACAGAGGGGCAGCAGGGGACGGGGAGCAGAGGGGAGGAUGGUGAGGCGAGUGCGCAGGGAGCGAGCAGCAGCAGCAGCAGCGGCGGCGGCGGCAGCAGCAGCAGCACGGAUGGGGCGAGAGCAGUGGGGAGGACAGGCGAUGGGAUUUUGGAGGUGCCUCCUGGGGCCAUGUGGCUGAGUGCCGUGGGGCCAGAGAAGGACGCGCAGCGAGCGCAAGGAGGUGGGCAGGGGCAGCAGUCUCAGGGAAGUGACCUGCUGAGGCCUGCUGCUGGCGCUGGAGGGGUCGUGGCAGGGGAAGAGCAGGGAGAGGCAGUGCAGGGACAAGGGGUGGGACGAGUGGGAUCGUUCAAUGCAGCUGAGUGGGCGGAGGUGGUGAAGGCGGAGCAGGAGGAGAGUGAGGAGGGCAGUGAGGGCGAGGAGGGCAGUGAGGGCGAGGAGGGCAGUGAGGGCGAGGAGGGCAGUGAGGGCGAGGAGGGGUGGGAGGGCAGCAUGCGCACGGUGCUGUACCGGCUGGACCUCGUGCACAUACAGCUGCUCGCCUCCUCUGGCUGCCAGGAGGAGGUGGCGCCACAGCAGUGGCAGGAGGCGGCACCGGACCUGCUGGCGCACGUGGCGGACAGCAUAGUGCAGCGCGCCAACUCGCUUAAGCGCGCGCGGCGCUGCAUGCGCGACCUGUGUGCGCGCGAGCAUGGGAUAGACGCCGAGGAGGUGUGGCUGGCGGGCAUAGACCACCUGGGCAUAGACGUGAGGGUGCGCAUGGGCCUCGAACUCCAGACCUUGCGAUUCCCCUUCAGAUAUCCGGCGUCCACGGAGGUGGCAGCAGAGCGGCUGCUGGACGAGCUGCUGAGGCCGCGCCCCCUGCCCUCCACUCGCCUCAAGCCGCGCCUCUCUGCCCGCCAGUUGCGCCGCCUGCGUGCCCGCAUGCGCCGCUGA